GCAGAGGGCGGCCGCGGCGCUAUGGCGGCGUCCGGGGAUCCCUGCGGGCAGGGGCAGGAGGAGGUGGCGGCGGCGGCGGUGGUGGUGGUGGGCUCCUGCAUGACCGACCUGGUCAGCCUUACUUCUCGCCUGCCAAGAACUGGAGAAACCAUCCAUGGACAUAAGUUUUUUAUUGGCUUUGGAGGGAAAGGUGCCAACCAGUGUGUUCAGGCUGCCAGGCUGGGCGCAAAGACAUCGAUGGUGUGCAAGGUUGGCAAAGAUUCUUUUGGCAAUGACUACAUAGAAAACUUAAAACAGAAUGAUAUUUCUACAGAAUUUGCAUAUCAGACCAAAGAUGCUGCCACGGGAGCCGCUUCUAUCAUUGUCAAUAACGAAGGCCAGAACAUCAUCGUCAUUGUGGCUGGAGCAAAUUUACUUUUGAAUUCCGAAGACCUGCAGGAGGCCGCCGGCGCCAUUAGCAGAGCCAAAGUAAUGAUCUGUCAGCUCGAAAUAACUCCAGCUGUGUCUCUGGAAGCCCUGACAAUGGCCCACAGCAAUGGAGUGAAAACGCUGUUCAAUCCAGCUCCUGCCCUUUCCGACCUGGACCCCCGGUUCUACGCCCUCUCUGACGUCUUCUGCUGCAAUGAAAGCGAGGCGGAGAUCCUGACAGGACUGGCCGUGGGCAGCCCCGAGGAGGCUGGGAAGGCCGCACUGACGCUCAGGGACAGAGGCUGCCGGGUGGUCAUCGUCACCUUGGGUGCGGAAGGAUGUGUGAUGCUAUCACAGGCAGACACCUCCCCCAAGCACAUCCCCACGGAGAAAGUGACGGCCAUGGACACCACGGGUGCGGGUGACAGUUUUGUGGGGGCUCUGGCCUUCUACCUGGCCUACUACCCAAGUCUGCCCUUGGAGGACAUGCUCAAAAGAGCCAACGCCAUUGCCGCAGUCAGCGUCCAGGCCGCGGGGACACAGGCGUCGUACCCGCACAGGAAGGACCUGCCGCUCCAGCUCUUCUGACGGCGCCAAUGGGUAACAGAAGGCACCGGGCGCUCCCCGGUCUGUGCUCCUGUGAGCACUCACCUCACGCAUGCGUCUGUUUAACUUGAUGCUUCCACUCCGGAGAAGCCUCUGUUCUCUCUCGAGGUGGCGCGUCUCUCCUCUCACAUUUAAGUUUCAAUUAA